AUGAUCGAUCAGCUCUUGGACAUAUGCAGAUCUUAUCGAAGGGAACGCAUAAGUCAGCCCAACGAACAGGAAUACUCGAUCAUUUCGAAACUUCCUCGCUCCACCUCCGACAGCUCCGACGCCAGUGCCCCCAACAAGUCUGAUGCUCCUCGCCCUCGUCGCGGCUCUCAGCCCGUCCUCCAGCUCCCUCCCGAUCAGCACAGAUCCGCAAGAUCAAGCUCCGUCAGUCAAUCAAUCGCUCCUCCCCCAGCAGACCCCUGGAAAACCGAAGAGGUGCGGGACCAUCACAGGCGCAACAGCGAGACUCUCCAGCAGAUGGCCGCGCACCUCCACAAGCUCUCGGACUCCAACUGCUCCAGGCGCAAGGUCGACGAGUACAAGGCUCAGAUAUCCGAGCAGCGAGAGCGAGUGGCCUUCCUCAGACAGACUCUCAUCAACCGCAACGCCACCGUCCUGUCAGAGCAAGUCAAGCUCAAGCCCACAGUGAUGACGGGAGGGGGCAUGUGCAGGAGGAGCUUUGAGGUGCAGGAGGUCCGGCAGAUCCAAGCGAAGGAGAAGGAGAUAGCGGAGGCGAUGUCCGAGAUCACUGAUCUGUCGAAGAAGCUCGAGCAAGCCAAGAGUAGAGAUAUCAAAGAAAGGCUUAAAACUGAAGUGUACAUCAGGACCGAUGAUAUCAUGAAGCUGCAAGGUGAGAUUCAAUUUCUGAAAGAAGUAAUCAAGCGCAACUUCGGAACUGAGUACAAACUCACCGUCACUGUCGCUGAUAUCCGGCAGAGGUCGAAACUUGACAGAUCGGAAACUUGA